GGCACCUUCGUCAUUGCUGCCUUCAACAAACCCCUCAUCCCUCAAAACUCUGACCCCCGAGCACCGCAAAGUUUUUUCCUUCCUCCAUUCCCUCCUCCUUCCUCUUGAACUGCUCCCUCGCUCAUUUUUAUUCCCUAUAUUUUCAUACCCCUCCAUUCUCAACUUCCCCCCUACCUACCUACAAACAAACAACCCAACCACCCCCAAUUCCUCUCUCCGAAUACCUAUACCAUCAUGGCGCCCGCUCAUCCUCCACCUCCCCUCGAGGGAAAGAAACGAAGAAUUGGCAUGAUGACGAGUGGUGGAGAUUCCCCCGGCAUGAAUGCAGCGAUUCGAGCAGUCGUCCGUAUGGCCAUCGAGGCCAACUGCGAGGUAUUCUGCAUCUACGAGGGUUACGAGGGUCUCGUACAAGGUAAAGAGUUCAUCAAGAAGUUUGAAUGGUCCAUGGUCCGCGGCUGGCUCUCGGAAGGUGGAACUUUGAUUGGGACGGCUCGAUGUAUGGCAUUCUACGAACGCCCUGGCAGACUCACCGCUGCCAAAAACAUGAUUCUCAAUGGCAUUGAUGCCCUCAUUAUCUGCGGUGGUGAUGGUUCCUUGACGGGAGCGGACAAGUUCCGCUCGGAAUGGCCCAGUUUGACCCAAGAGCUGGUCGAUACCAAACAGCUCUCUAACGAACAGAUUGAGCCCUUCAGACACUUGAAUAUCGUCGGUCUGGUUGGAUCAAUUGACAACGACAUGUCUGGCACAGACGCUACAAUCGGAUGCUACUCGGCUUUAGGUCGAAUUUGUGAAAUGGUGGAUUAUAUCGAGGCAACCGCCUCCUCACAUUCCCGGGCCUUCGUCAUUGAGGUCAUGGGCAGGCAUUGCGGUUGGCUGGCAUUGAUGGCCGGUGUUGCAACAGGUGCCGACUUUGUCUUUAUUCCCGAGAAACCUCGAGGGAGGAACUGGAAAGAGGAAAUGUGCGGGAUUGUGGCACAAGUCUGUAAAUCGGCUUCUGAGAGCCAUUCAAAAGCUAAUAUUCAAUAGCACCGAAAAAUCGGAAAAAGAAAGACGAUCGUUAUCGUUGCCGAAGGCGCUCACGACCAGGACGGGGGUAAAAUUACCCCAGAAAUGAUUAAGGAUCUCCUCGCGGACAAGAGCGGCCUCGCUCUGGAUACCCGAAUUACAACCCUCGGCCAUGUGCAAAGAGGAGGAACCGCUUGUGCAUUCGAUCGAUACCUUGCAACUUUACAAGGUGUAGAAGCCGUGAACGCAGUGCUAGAUGCCACCCCGGAAACGCCAACUCCAUUUAUCGCCAUAAACGAGAACAAAAUCACAAGAAAACCUCUGGUUCAAGCAGUGUUGGAUACACAAGAAGUCGCCAAAGCGAUCGAAGCUAGAGACUUUGACAAGGCCAUGGGCCUUAGAGACACCGAAUUUUCAGAUAUGUAUAAAUCAUACAUGACCACAACUUCAACAGGCUUGAACAAAUCCAUGCUUCUCCCUCUAACCAAGGUUCGUGUAUAGUAAAUUAUUCAAAUCAAACGCUUAUAAAUCAUAGCAUAUGCGAAUCGCCAUUAUCCAUGUGGGUGCACCGGCGGGCGGUGUUAAUGCUGCAACGAGAGCGGCUGUGGCAUAUUGUCUAACUCGCGGCCAUACACCCCUCGCUAUCCAUAACGGUUUCGCGGGUUUCGCUCGCCACCACGGCGAUAAGCCCAUGGGAGCGGUCAGGGAAUUCAACUGGCUCGAAGUUGACGGCUGGGCAAGUAAAGGUGGUUCCGAGAUUGGAAUGAAUCGCGAAACUCCUCAAGAAUCCGGCAUGGAGCUGAUCGCUUCGCUUGUCAAAGAAUACAAAAUUGAUGCCCUCUUCCUAAUUGGUGGAUUCGAAGCUUUCCAAUCUCUCUCCCAACUCCGACAAGCAAGAGAACAAUAUUCUUCGCUAUGUAUUCCCAUGACUUUGCUCCCUGCUACAAUUUCGAACAACGUCCCCGGAUCAGAAUACAGUCUUGGGUCUGAUACUUGCUUAAACGAGCUUAUGCAUUACUGCGAUAAGAUCAAACAAUCAGCCUCAGCAUCCAGACGAAGAGUAUUUGUCAUUGAAACACAAGGGGGUCGUUCAGGUUACAUAGCCACUUUGGGAGGUCUCUCUGUGGGUGCUGUUGCUGUCUAUACCCCAGAGGAGGGUAUCAGCAUCAAUAUGUUGGCUGCUGAUAUUGAACACCUUCGGAAAGCUUUCCGUGAGGACUCUGGACAAUCCAGAGCCGGGCGUCUUAUUCUCGUCAAUGAAAAGGCAAGCAAAGUAUACAGUGCGAAAUUGAUCGCGGAUAUGAUCCGUGAAGAAGCACAUGAGCGCUUUGAGUCUCGAGAUUCAAUACCUGGACACGUACAGCAAGGUGGAACACCUUCACCGAUGGACCGUACACGAGCAGUGAGACUAGCCAUCAAAUGUGUAGAGCACUUGGAACAGUUCGAAGAUAGAACAGACGAGUCGAUUUUGAAGAAUCCGCAGAGCAGCUCCGUCAUUGGCAUCAAAGGUGCAUCGGUUGUGUUCAGUCCUAUGAAGGAUGUGGAAGAGAAUGAGACGGAUUGGAAGAAUAGGCGGCCCAAAGAUGAGUUUUGGGUAGAUCUGAAACAUAUAGUAGAUUCUCUCAGCGGUCGGCCAGAAGUGCCCCGUCCAGAACCGUCCCUUUCUGGAAAAAAGGCCAAGGAUCGUAAGAGGGGGCUGGAGUGAGGGGAUUGCUUGGUUUUGGAAUCUCCCCUUAGAAAUUAUAUGAAUUGAUGAAUUAAUGACCACA